AAAAUAAAAUAUUAAAAAAAAUAACAAUUAAUAAUAAUAAGUAUAUAUUUUACAUGCUUAUUUUUUAUACUACUAUUAUUUCCAUCUAAAUCUUAAGUUUUUUCUUUUAUAAGAUAUGUAUGGUAUAUAAAUAUUAGACUAACUAUAAUACAAAUUGUCUGAACAUUAUGUUCUUUCUUUUCAUUUGAUUUCUGAUCAUUAAGUUGAUUUGAAUUUAUGGUUUUUAUUUAUUCAAUAUUUAUUUAAAUUUAAAGUGUAUCUAUGUUAUAUAAUGUCUAUAAUAAGAAUUUUUAAUAAUUUUUAGAAAACUUUAUUAAACUCAAGCACAAGAGAUUGAGAGAAUAUUUUUAUAGACAUACUAGACUCAAAGAAAGUAGUAUUAUAGUGUGGAAAUGGCUCAGAAACAUAACAAUACGCUAUUUCAUGGGAUCUGUAUUCCAGUUCUUUUAAUUAUUAUAGGAACUAUUAUAGUUAAUAAAAAAUAUUUGUUUCAUGGAAUAGUAUUAGCAUUUGUAUUAAGUCUUCUUAAAAUUUACCGUGGAAGUAGAUUUGAUAUUAUAAAUUUGAUAAAUGAUUUAGUAAGUUUCCGUAUAGGAUCUCGUAUAUCUCUUCGUUCAGACAAGUUUCAAGAAUUUGAAUUGAUUGAAAAAACUAUUAUUAAUUAUAAUUCUUCUAUAUAUCGAUUUGCUCUUGCUAAAGAAAAUGAUAUAUUGGGUUUACCAAUUGGACAGCACAUAAUGGUAUCCGUUACUAUUGAUGGCAAGAAAGUUUCUCGUCCAUAUACACCAUGUUCUUCUGAUGACGAACGAGGAUAUUUUGAUCUUCUUAUUAAGUCGUAUCCUACUGGAAAAGUUUCAAAGUAUAUUGGUGAAAUGAAAAUUGGUCAAACAAUUGGUGUUAAGGGUCCAAGAGGACAAAUGAGAUAUUAUUCAGGGCUUGUUAAAGAAUUUGGAAUGAUUGCUGGAGGCACUGGGAUUACGCCAAUGCUUCAGAUAAUCAGAGCUAUUUUAAAAAAUCCAGAAGAUAAAACAAAAAUAUCCCUUAUAUUUGCCAAUGUUACUGAAGUCGAUAUUCUUUUGAAAGAUGAAUUUGAUAUAUUAGCUAAUAAAUAUUCAAACUUUAGAAUCUACUAUGUUCUUAAUAAUCCUCCUUCUAAUUGGACAGGCGGUGUUGGCUAUGUUACUAAAGAAAUAAUUAAAGAACAUUGUCCUCCACCUGGAUCUGACAUGAAAUUGUUAUUGUGUGGUCCACCUCCGAUGAUAACUGCAAUGAAAAAAGAAAUAGCUCUUCUUGGAUAUGAUACACCAAGUUUAGUUUCUAAAAUAACUGACCAAGUUUUUAUAUUUUAAAACUUUAAAGUCUACUUAUUAUUAUAUAUUAGUUUUAUUUAACUCUAAAGUUCAAAUUCUUAUAUACAUGUAUAUAUUUAUUUGUAAUUAACAACAAACUUUUACAUUACGCUUAAUAUAUUGGUUUUUAUAAUAUUCUAAUUACAGAGAUUAAGUUUUUUUAAUUAUAUAUAUUUUAUUUUAUUAUUACUAAGCAGGUCUUAUU